GGACACAGCCGUGGAGAAUAUUUUUGGGAAGACUAGUGGGAACAAGAUGGCUGAUGCUGGACGAGAAGAGUGUUUCUCCUCUCUUUGACAGAAUAACGGAGGACUUGGGCUUCUGAACCUACUCUGGAAUUGAUCAUUUCAGCAGUAGGCGUGUAGUUAAGUGUGUUUUUUGUUGUAACUUUGGUAUUUUUUCCUCACAAAACCGUUAACGCUACCUUCAGACCAGAGUGAAGUUAUUUCUUGGACAAAGUUUUCCCUUCUUACUUUUUUUCUUUGCGUGUUUCUGUUUAACCAGUAAAGAAGGAUAUUGUGUAAUAUUUUAUAAUAUUGUUAAGUCAUUUAACAAGUCUUUAUAGCUUUAUAGCUGGAAAGUUUAGAACAUAUUUUGGUACUUUGCUAACGCAGGAAAUUGUUUUGCUUGAGAUAUAACGUUAGCCUCCUGUAAUUUUCUCCACUUGGCGUUUUUGAAACAGUUGAUAUAAUUAGUACGUGAUAUUAUAUCACAAACUAUGUUUUUCUGAAGGUCCCACCGAUAAAAUAAAUAUAAAUUUAACCCGAAGAGAUAGUAAAAUAAAUAAAUAAGAACAUGAGUUCUAGUCGAACCCGUUGUCAAGCAGCCAGAGCGCCGAACUCUGCGCAUGCGCAGAAGCCUCCGCCGGCUGAAGGGCUGGAGCUGGAGAGGAUGGAGCCGCAGGGAGAAGUGGGGCUCGGGGUCCCCGAGGAUCAACCUUCUCCGUCGUCGAACUCCAGCUCCAGACAGGCGUGGAGCCGGGACAACCCGGGAUUCGAGCCUGAAGAGGGCAUGGAGGCGAACUGGAGCCCAGGACGGAGGUCUUUAUCCGACACUUCGAGCAGCGGCAGCAGCGGACUCGGGAGUUUCAGCGGCGGGAGCAACGCGCGCAUCCACCGGGGACUUUACCCGACUCCUCCCGCUGAUGGACUUCACCACGAGCCGCCGAGCUGGGGAGCAAGGAUCCUGGAGAAAAUCAGACUUUUGUGGGGCACACGUCUCCUGGAGGAGAGGGACAGCAGCAGAGAGAUGUACCUGAAGAAUGUUCUGCGAGAGAUGAUCACCUAUGUCCUUUUCCUCAUCACUUUAUGCAUCUUAACAUACGGGAUGGUGAGCACUAACAUGUACUACUACACUAAAGUCAUGUCGCAGCUCUUCCUGGACACGCCGCUGUCGAGUGGAGAUGCCACCACCUUCAGGAGCCUCUCCAACAUGGAGGACUUCUGGAAAUACACAGAGGGGCCUUUCCUAAACGGGAUGUACUGGGAAGUGUGGUACAACAACAAGAGCCUGCCGGAGAACCAGAGCCUCAUCUAUUAUGAGAACCUGCUGUUGGGAGUCCCGCGCCUGCGUCAGGUCAAAGUUCUCAAUGAGUCCUGUCCUGUUCACGAGCAGCUGAAGGACGAAGUGUAUGACUGCUACGGAGUCUAUGCAGCCGCCUACGAAGACAAGAAGUCAUUUGGACUGAAAAAUGGCACUGCAUGGCUGUACUCUGAGGAGAGCAGCCUUGGGGAAAGCAGCUACUCAGGUGAAGUGGCCACAUAUAGAGGAGGAGGUUUCUAUCAGGAUCUGUCCCGCACCAGAGACGAGUCCAGCAGACAGCUGCAGGAGCUGAAGGCCAACCUGUGGCUGGAUCGAGGCACCAGAGCCGUGUUCCUCGACUUCUCCGUCUACAACGGCAACAUCAACCUCUUCUGCAUCAUCAGAUUGCUGGUGGAGUUUCCAGCCACAGGGGGUGCUGUGACCUCAUGGCAGUUCCAGACUGUGCGCUUGGUGCGCUAUGUGUCCAGCUGGGACCACUUUGUGGGGAUGUGUGAGGUCAUCUUCUGCUUCUUCGUGCUGUACUACAUGGUGGAGGAGGUGCUAGAGAUCCGCCUGCACCGCCUGCGCUACUUCAAAAGCUUGUGGAACUGCCUGGAUGUGCUCAUAGUAACGCUGAGCGUGCCGGCCAUCAUUAUGAACAUCUACAGGACUUCAGCAGUCAGCAACAGGCUGAAGUUCCUGCUGGAGAACCACAGCACAUACCCGAACUUCGGUCCGCUCGCUCGGCUGCAGGUUCAGUUCAACAAUCUGGCCGCUAUCAUCGUCUUUCUCGCCUGGGUCAAACUAUUUAAGUUCAUCAAUUUUAAUAAGACCAUGAGCCAGCUGUCCAGCACUGUGUCCCGGUGUGCUAAAGACCUGCUGGGAUUUGCCAUCAUGUUCUUCAUCGUGUUCCUGGCAUACGCGCAGCUGGCCUACCUGGUGUUCGGCGCACAACUCAACGACUUCAGCACCUUCCAAGCCUGCAUUUUCACACAGUUCCGGAUCAUUCUAGGAGACUUUGACUUCUCAGAGAUCGAAGAGUCUGACAGAGUCCUGGGGCCGAUUUACUUCACCACCUUUGUCUUCUUCAUGUUCAUGAUUCUGUUGAACAUGUUCUUAGCCAUCAUCAAUGACACUUACGCAGAGGUGAAGGCUGACAUGGCACAGCAGAGAUCCGAAAUGGAGAUUACUGACCUCAUUAAAAAGGGCUACCACAAGGCCAUGGUGAAACUGAGGCUGAGGAAGACGGCGGUUGAUGACAUCUCUGAUAGCCUUCGUCAGGCAGGAGGGAAACUCAACUUCGAUGAGCUCCGGCAGGACCUGCGAGGAAAGGGACACUCAGAUGCUGAGAUUGAAGCCAUUUUUGCCAAGUACGAUCUGGAUGGAGACCAGGAGCUCACUGAGCACGAACACCAGCAGAUGAGAGAUGACCUGGAGAAAGAGAGAGAGGACUUGGAUUUGGAACGCAGUUCGCUGCCCAGGCCUCUGAGUGGGCGGAGCUUCUCCCGUAGCCAGGACGACUCAGAGGAGGAUGAUGAUGAGGACAGUGGACACAGUUCCCGUCGCCGUGGCAGCAGCUCUGGGGGUGUGUCCUACGAGGAGUUCCAAGUCCUGGUGCGGAGGGUGGACCGUAUGGAGCAUUCGAUUGGCAGUAUCGUGUCCAAGAUCGAUGCGGUUAUUGUGAAGCUGGAGGCCAUGGAACGGGCCAAGCUGAAGAGGAGAGAGGUCCUUAGCAGGCUGCUGGAUGGUGUCAUGGAGGAUGAAAGGAUGGGAAGGGAUACGGAGGCUCACAGGGAGCAGAUGGAGCGGCUGGUGCGAGAGGAGCUUGAGCGCUGGGAGUCGGACGACGCCAUCUCUCAGGUCAGCCAUCAGCAGGCUACUCCUGUUGGUCCAGGGGCUCAGCCCCGCCCACGCAGCACCCGUCCCUCCUCCUCACUGUCCACUGAGGGCCCAGACACCGGAGGGAAUGGAGGUGGACACGUGUAAGACCUCUUGUACUGCUCUCAUCGCCUUAUGAAGUAUUCCAACACUAAGUGAUCACCUUAUGUCAGUAUUUUCCUUUGUUUUAUGCAGUUUAUUCACAGUGCACUAUCUAUAUAAUGGUACAUCGAUUAUUAAGCAGGAGUGUAUUCUGAACAUUAUGAACAUUAAUUAAGGUACAGUGGCACAAACUUUAAUCAGCUUUAGACCAGGUACUAAGCAAAAUAGGUCUAGGUUUAUGCAUAAAAGUCAUUUAUGACAAAAUGAUGCAAGGUAUAGGACUUUUUCUAUGCACACAUAUAUAGUAAUUUACUUAUUAUUUUAAUGAGGUCAUUGUAAAAUGAAGGCAUCACAUGAAAUUAUUUAAUAAUACUUAAUUUUCUGUGCCAAUUACAUUUGCAUGAGAUUUUUUUUUAAUAACCUAAAAUAUUUCGUAUUCAAAUGCAUUUGAAUAUGUAUGAGACUGUAGGUCCAUACUGCCACAGACAGAACGAAAAUUAGCAUCAGAGAUACACUGUAAAUUGAUAUCACAUUGUUGCUUUCUUAAACAUAGAAAAUCACAAGCACACAGUAUCAUCACUUAAUCAUGAACUUUAAUGUUUGGGAUUUCUUUUUAUUCCUUUACAUACAGUAAUGCUUGCUGUGUUUGCAAAAUGUUGCUAGUAUUUAGCUCAAUUUUACAUUUCCAUUGCCACUAAGAAUACAAGUGAAAAUGUGCCAUCUUAACUCUUAACUCAUCUUCACACAUUUUUUAUGUAACUCCUUCAUGCAUGGUGUCCACAUACAUGGACAGUUCAGUAACUUAAAACUGACUUUUAGCUCAAAUGAAAAUGCAAAUCUGGGUAAUCAGAAUAAUAAAAAAAGAUUUUGAAUAGGAUUUGUAAUUAUUUAUGGAUGAAACUCCAACAGAGACCAAAUGGCUUUCUAUUCACUAUAUAUCCUCAUUCCAUACGGUAUAACAUAAUGGCAUUGUAGUGCACUAUAAGCCCAAUGGAACACCAUUUGAAAAGCCAGUAAGUGCCUUUUGGAAAUACAGUAUUUAAAUGUAAUAUGCUUGUUUUCAUAUUUAAUUAGAAAUUUGAUACUUCGGCUAAUUACAAAUAUAUAUAUGAAAAAAUGUCGUAAAUGGAAUACAUUUUUUCCGAACCCUUUUCCUGCGCAAAGUUAAUUUAGCCAAAACAUUUAGAGAACACAUGAUGAUCGUCAUACAUUAAGGUUUCUGUUUUGUUUCUAUAAAUAUAAAUAUCGAACUGUAUUCAAACAGUUAAAAAAAGAUGAAAGAUUUUAUAUACACUUUUAUCAUUUAGUUACUAAUUUGAGUGAAGGUAUCAUACAAUGAAAGUCCCUCUUUUACAAUAUCAGUAGUUUUUAUUAUAUACGGAUUCAUAAAUCACACAGAAUAUUUUGUAUUUGUAUUUAAAGCACAUUUUCUCAGUACGAAGCUUUAUUUAAUUCGACCAUGUCAGUUAUUAAAACAUAGAUUUUUGUCACACAUUUGUAGUUGCUUUCAGUUAAUAUAGUUGCACGAGCAGCAUGCAUUGUCAUGUAAAUUUAUACCAGGUGAUGUAUUCCUUAUUAAUGUCUUUUUUUUUUUUUUUUUUUUUUUUUUUUUUUUAUACCUUUUGUAACUUGAAACAAACUUCGACUCGGAGUGCAUCUGCUUUCAUGGGAAGCUUAUUGUGUGCUGGUUUGACUCGUAUAGCUGAAGUUGCAAAGUUUUUCGCUGAUAUUAGUUUUGCCUCACCAGAAAUUCAGCACAGAAAUUUAAUUUCCUUGACUCGGGCUGAGCAAUCUGAUGAUAUAACGUCAGUAAUGAGACGACAAUACACUGUUCUUGGUACUGUAUUGUUAGUACUUAUAAUACUGAACUCCUAUGUUACUAUUUUUGUAUCAAUUUCUUUAUCUUUACCAAUACCUCUAUUUUAAUUUUGUGUGUGUGUGUGUGUGUGUGAGUGUGUCAAUACUUUUGUUUUGCUGGCAAACCUUAAUCUCAAGAUGCACAUUUUUGACACACCUUUUUUCCCCACACUGCUUUUGGAUAUUUUUUUUUUUUUUUGCAUUUUAUAUAUCCUUUAUUAAGGCUGAUAUUCAGUAUGAUUCAGUAUGGCGCUAUAUUUUUCUAUUUGCCAACGUAUAUGUAUAAUGUGAGCACAUUCCAGUGAGAGCAGAACUUUUAUCAGCAAACAGCUCUGGAGAUUUGGCUCUGUAUUUCUGAAUGUUUUAAUCAAUACUGUUUUAAUAUCUGCAGUGUUUGAGAAUAAACUAUUUGGACAUUUUCACA